UAAAAAAAAAGUUACAUUAGUUACAAAAAAAAAAAUAAAUCAUCAACCUCUGUGACAAACAACUGCAUAGUUUAAAAAACGACUAACGGACAAAAUGACGCGUGUUGUGAUUGAGGCUUUACCGGAGUGUUAGGGUGUGCCCACUGUCCAGGUGUCAUUUCCUGUAAUCGCUCGCGCUGUGGUUUACCGGAGUUUUGAAUCGGUGACCACAGGAACUUUCAAUGGCGUCUACAGAAGGGAAAAAAGAAGUAAAGAUGGUUUCAGAUAUGUCCAACCAAGUACUUCAAUAUGAGAGCCUCAAAAAAGAACACGAGAAAGUCAAAAAGGAGUGUAAACAAAUGCAAGAGGAAAGAGAUGAGGCCUUACGGAAGCUAAAGGAAUUUGAACAAGUGUCUCACAGGGUAAUCGAGGAGGUGAACAACAUUCAGGAGAAUCUAGAUAUUGAAAAGACAUGUAGACAGAGUGUAGAGGCUUUGGCCUCCAAGUUAAACAGACAGAACCGCUCUCUGAAGAGGAAGAGUAUGCUCUAUAUAUCUCGUCUUAACGCCAACGUCGUUGCUGAGAUCAACCUUGGCGACGAAGUAGAUGAGGAUCCACAGGAGGAGUUAGGUGUCUGUAGCUCCUCCAACUGUCAGCUCAUCAUCUCAGAGCUGAGGGAUAAACUAGAAGUGAACCUGGCAGAAAAGAAGCAGAUUGCAACUGAUCUGGAGAUGACAAGAGAGCAGCUCUGCCAGAUUAGACAGGAACUCCUGAAAGAGAAACAUGAUAAUACUGUUUUGAUAGCUGAAACGUUCCAACAAAAGAAGCUCUUGGGAAAAUACAAGAGAGUGUCACAGUAUGCUCUGGAGGAGUUUGAGUCCUUGCAGGAGGAUCUAAAGCUUGAAAGGGAACUGCGUUCUGAAGCAGAGAAGUUUGCACGUGAGAUGCUUGUAGAACAGAAGAAGCUGAAAAGACAGAGCCAGAUGUUGGUCCAGAGUGUGUGUCCAGCCGAAGCUCUGCAGAAAGCUCUAGCAGAGAUCAACACACUGACACACACUCUAGAGGCCCAGAGACUUGAGCAUCAACAGCAGGUGAAGGCUCUGGAAGAGCAGAUAAAUGCCAGUGAAUUAAAGAAGCAGCUGAUAACAUUACAUAAACAAACCGAACUGCUAGAGGAGGAGAGAAAAGAGUGGCAGCACAAAUACACUAAAGCUGAAACUGAGGCCAAAGACCUCCGAUUUACAGUGGAGGAACUUAAGAAGAAGCACCAACAGGCCUCAAACCCACCACCUGCUGCCCCAGCGCCCCCUCCUCCGCCUCCCCCACCCCCCCCUCCUCCAGCCCCUGCUUUCUCAAGCAACCCACUCAGCUCAUUAUUGGCUAUGCUCCGGAAGAAAAAAGAUGUCAGCACUGAAAUUCUGUUAGUAGAGAAGGACUCCUCUGAGAAAAGCCCAGAGAAGGACGUAAGGCAGCAGGCUGUUGAUGAGAUGAUGCAGCGAAUCAAAAAAGGGGUUCAACUCCGCCCUGUUUCCCAGACAACCAACAGAGCAAGACCAGGACCGAAAGAACGGACACCAUCCAAUUCUGCCAUACAGGAGCUUCAGGGAAUCUUGAACUCCGUAAAGCGUCCCGGCCCCUCCCCCUCAUCUGGGACAGGCCCUCCGUCAGCAUCGCCAAAGUCCGAGCUAGAGAAAGCCCUGCACAGACGGAGACAAGCGUUGAAGACUACGCAGAAUAACACGACUCCCAGUAGUGUUCUGGAUGUGACCCAGAUAAAUCAGACUCUGCCAGAAACAGGCCAAAGCACAAGGGACCAGGACAUACAGCUCAACAACCACAAUUCGCACUGACCAACCCAAAACCACAAAGGAGAACAUUAGUUAGUAUGGCCUACUGACGACUCCACUUCAUAUUGGAUAUCCCACUUUGAAAAUAUACAGGCAUUGUCAUGGGUGAGUCCGCUGGUUUGUUUCAGUUUGUGGUUACAUGUUCUCUCAAUUGAUUCAGGUGUCGCUGGCUCGCAUAAUCAGUGUUGCUAUGGGAUUCUUGAUCGUUUCUGUGGUAAGGCUGAUCAUUCCAUCUUGCUAGCGGCACUUAAUCACCAUUAAUGCCCUGGUUAUGUCUACCUCACUCAGUUUUGUGUUCAUUGCUCAAUUAUUGUUUGAGUCCUGUUACUUACCACUUUCUCCCUCUGCACUAGUAUAUCCUGUAUUAUGUUCUCUGUAUUGGUUGCCAGUCUGUGCUGUGCGCCAGGAUUGUGGUUACCUUCAAGUCUGUUGCCUCGCCUCUCAUGACACCUUUACUGAGUUCCCCUCAGCAAUACUGCACUGCACUGGAUCUGCUCUGAAUACGAUCAUUACGCACACAAGACUACGAACAUACUUCUCUACAGAGGAUUCCUCAAGGAUCUAUGUUACACUUGAUUUGGGUCACCAGCAGGACCAGAUCUCCACUUUCAACCGCGCCAUUGAAAUGGUGGUGUCGCCAUUGAAAUGGUGGCCAACGGAACUCACAUCACUGGUUCAAUGACUCCCACAACUCCAUCAGUCUCCUGACUCCGACUCAGCUGCUGAGGUUUCUUCAGAGGUUCUGAGCACCGCGCUCAGAGCACCGCGCUCAGAGCCCCAUGUAAUUCCUCCACCUCCAUAUUCGGGUGAGACAGGGUCCUGUCACACAUUCCUCAUGCAGUGUUCACUCUGUUCCUCGCUGCAGCCCUCAAAAUACUCCAUGGAGGCACGCCUGACCGGGAGGGCUGGCCAGUGGGGAACUGCUGUAUGUCAAUGUCAAUUGUAUUUAUAUAGCCCCAUUAAACACAACCAGGUUUGACCAAUGUGCU